AUGGUCUUGAGGAAGUGCGAUGGAAAAUUACCCGCAUGUAGUGCGUGUGAGAAAUCUGGACGAGCGAGCGAAUGUUCGAGUGCAAAUGAUCAGUUCGCGAAGGGAAAGGAGAGGAGUUAUGUUGCUUCUCUUGAGUCUCGAGUCGAGAAGCUCGAAAAACGUUUGGCAUAUGCUAGAUUAAGAAAAGCAUCUGUUGCGAUGCAUGAUUUAGAUACGCCAACGGAACUACCGGAUCGGAAAGACUCUCUGGCUACCAUAAGAGCCGUGAUUCACGGCAAGGCGGCAAGAAAGAGGGAGGCUGCUGAUGUAAAUGAGCUGGUUUCCGAUUUUGGUUUUCUACUUAUUCUUUCGGCGGCCAAUCAUGACGAACUACCUGAGCCCCGGUCUUUACAAUUGCCACCAAGACACGCGGCAACGAAGUUGAUUCAGUAUUAUCUGGACAACAUAUUUGCUUUGUAUCCGAUUGUCUCCGAGACUGCUCUAUUCAAUGCAUUAGAUAAAAUUUAUCCCGGCAAUAGUCAACGGGUCACUGAUUUCGAGAAUUGGAUGUUCUAUAUGGUCCUAGCCAUAUCAUCUACAGCUCAAUCCCGAAGUUAUUUAGACUCCAAAUACGAGGAAGGUGUUUCUUGGGCUGGCCGUGCGCUUGCAUAUGCUGACCAUGUUCUCAUGCCUGGUCAUGUCUCGCAAAUUCAGGCCUUGGUUCUAUUCGUUCAAUAUGCAAUGCUUGAUCCAGCUCACUUUGAUAGUUGGCAGUUGAUGGGCUUUACUUGUCGAGCAAUUGUUGAUUUGGGAUUCCAUCAGGACCCACCUGGAGAGCAACAGCCCGACAGGAAGGCCUUAGAUAUGAGGAGGAGGAUAUUUUAUUGCGUUUAUUCGCUCGACAGUCAAGAUCAAAUAUUUAACGGAUCACGCAUUGCUAGUGGGGCGAGCUCUUCUUCCCUACCGCCUCUUCCAGCAGUUACUGGGCUUGGUCAAAUUGACCGCAGCAUUAACUGUAUAAAUCAUAUCAAGGAGUCCCUGAGAACAUUUGGUCGACGAUGGGAGGAUUCGAAAGCCCUUCUAUCUAGCUUUGACGCUCAAGCUGAGCCAAUUAUCAUAAGCUUACACAUGAGGAAACAGCAGCAGCAACAGUAUACCAAAGAAGAAUCCUCUAUGGGCCACAGCCCAAAUUAUAUGCCACCAACUGGCUAUGAUCAUACGGUUUAUCAAAUGGAGAACGAGUGGCCAGGUAUGAACCUGAUGUAUUCGAAUGCAGACGUCUCGGGGUUUAGUGGAGUUGGUCAUGGAGCUGGACCACCCGGCCUGCCAAGAAAACCAAAGGCACCUGUUCGCAUUGAUACAGAGCACCAGGUUGCCAACUCGCACUAUUAUACAGCUUUUAAAGUUGUCUUGAAGAUUACAGUGAUUGCUCUCGUCAUUUGCAUUGCUUUCUUGCCAUCAAUAGCACUUCGCAAUAAGCACAGACAGCAUUUGGGCGAACCUGUCGUGAAAGAUUUGGAACAUCCUCCAAACUUCUCGAUAUCGAAAGAACUCGAACGUCAAGUCACCCAUGUUCCAAUUCGUUUUGUCAAAACUGCCAAGCUACUUGUUCAACAAUUACGCAUUCGAGAGUCGACAUCGGAUAAGCCAGCGAACCCCUCUGCCAGCGAACAGGUUGAACGCUCCGAGCACGUGAGUGACGACACUGUGGACGGUAUUCAAUAUGGUGAUUACACACUUGAUGGCUCGACACACCAAGCCAAGUCCAAAAUCGAGCGGUUGCAACAUUGUUCUGCGGAGAUAAAAAGUAGAAACGGAGGAAAGUGCCCCCUACGACCAAUUCUCCCAACUAGAGAUGAUGACCGUGUAUUUCCCGGACGUUGUUCUUGGCAAGAACGACGCAAGUAUGGUGGAAAGUGUAGUCCCCGUAAAUGGCGACCUACGCCUCGCUCUCUAAUUGUGAACGAUGAUGACGCUCCUCUCUCAGCUGAACCUCGUGACAACAAGCACUUGGAUCAGCCAAGGAUUAGGAACGGAGGAAGAUGUCCUCACGGUUUGGUAAAUGGACAAAAGCCAGCAGAAAACAAACCAAUUUCUAUCUCCAUCAAAGCAGAACCUCGCGAACCCAAUACAGCACAACAGCCCCGUGAAGCGGCAGUAAGUACGGAGAACGAAGUCAACUACAAGCCUUAUCGGGCUGAUGUAUGCAAACCUCGUUGGGUUCGUACCACUGAUGGCUGGUGUGUUUAUCGAAGUGGCUUUGGGCCUGAUGACGAUAAACCGGACUUUUAUCCACCCGUGUCUAAAAUGUUGGUGUCGUCGAAACAACGACGCCAUGAAGCGAAAGUAAAUGAGGAGGCUAAGCUCGAACCCAGACCAUAUCCGGCUGAUUCCUGUCCAGAAUUCUGGGUUCAUACCACUGACGGUUGGUGCUAUUAUCGUGGCUCAUCAAGGCGACCCUUGGGAUUUGGGGGACCUGAGUCUCGGAAAUUGGUAUCUUCAGAACAAAAACGUCGUGAUGUAACUGUGAGUGAUAAGAGUGGAGGCAUAACUGCAGCCGAUCCGAACGAUUCAUUUCGCUGGCUUGUUAGUGUUGAAGACAUAUGUGUUCCUCGAAGCGUAUUUUCGGCUGAUGAGGAUGAACCGGGAUAUUAUUCUGGAGCCCACUCACCUUUUUAUUCGGAAAUUCAUUCGCCUAAGUCUCUGAGGUCAAAACUGCCAAAACAAUGUAUUGGCGUAGCCUUUCUGGCUGAGGCGCGCUGGUGUCCAUCGCCUUGGCACCACGAUGAUGAGGAUAAUUGGUGCUUUUAUGUUUGGCAAGACAGUGAAGAUACAUCUAAGAGAUCUUUUCCGGAGCUUCUGGGCCCUGAGCAUCAACCUCGUGCUGAAGCUGUGAAAGAUGAGGUCAAAGGUGUGGGCGGAGACUAUCCUGCUGAUUCAUGUUCAUCUCCUUGGACUUACGUUGAUGGCAAAUGCAUUUUCAAUUGGCAAGAUGGUGAUGAGCCACUUAAGGUUUCUUUUUCUGGUCCUUCAAGUCCAGAGCUUCAACCUCGUGGUGAGAUUACAAGCCAGAAGACGGAAGUCACUACAAUUUUGACUCCGGCGCGUACCUCUAGCCCUGCUCUCGAAUCUACUUCUACGUCUGUCUAUAUCUCUGCCACCACAACCAUUGUUAUCGCUCUUCCCACGGCUGGAGCGUGUGAACCUCCUUGGAUCUGUACUAAGGAUGGCCGAUGUUUCUUCGACCCCAAUUAUCAACGCCAGCAUCCUCAAGAACCGCUGUCCCGCCCUCGCAAGCAAAUACGUCAACGACGUGGUGAAAUUCCAACCGAGAAGCGUGGUAUUGCUCCUAGUUGGCAAGCUGAAUCGUGUGAGCUGCCUUGGAUUCGUACUUCUGAUGGCUGGUGUAUAUACAGACCAGAUUACCAACAUGGGACACAGAGUUCUUUGUCUGGUGCUCCAGCGCAAUUUAAUACCACAAAUCAAUUGAAUUCUACAGCACAACCAACUAUCACAAUAGAACCAACCGCCACAGAACAAGCGACUGUCACAGAACAAUCAAAUUCUCCAGUGCAAGUUGCGCAACCAACCAGCACAGAUCACCCAAUUGACAUUAAAAUCUUCCACUGCAUCAACGAUCUACAAGGAAAUCUUAAAUGUGGUAAGUUUUUACAUGGAGAUACAAAGUUUUCAUCCGUUCAUAAUCGUCGAGGUUUCUGGCCCGAUGAUUGGGUACCACAAAUAGAAGAUGAUUGCGACCGUUUCAUUGGAAACACAUAUAUGCACUACCAAUGUCUUCAAUCAGUCAAACACAAGAACAUCGGCCUCAAACUCAUCAUGGUCUUUCUGAUUCUCGCCGGCUUUGGUUCCCUCGUCUUCCUCAUCAUUACCUGUGUCAAUCGAGCUGCACGUCCUAAAGCCCAGCCUUUUAGACAGGUGAGCGGAAUUAUAGAUGCACAUGGAAUGACGGAACAUCCAACACCCAUGUGUGGACAUUAUCCUUGGAAUGGGCCGACAAAUUCGAAACCAAUGAGCGGAGAGAGAUGGGCCCGAAGUCCUCCAGCUUACGAUCCCAUGAGACAAUUGACACCAGAUCAUUCAGGUAGUCUCGUCGCUUGUUCCCGUGAUCGCAAUUGUGCGAGUGGUAGUUCGGGUUCUAAUGGCACGGAAAAUUGGAUUCGUAAAUUGUGCAAUAGGUGUUUUAAGAGUCAGAGUCAUUCGUCAGUUUCGGAGCAUUCGCAAAUGGUCGGUGGGCUUGGGAGUGGAAUUCUUCGUUUAAGGAGUGAUGAUCAUAGGAUUGAUACGCUUAAAUUGCCAAAUGCAAAUUUGGCGACGGUUAGGAGGACAAAUGGUUUGGUUCUUAGUGAGGAUAAUGGACAUGCGAAUGCUAGUGCGGAUACGGUGGUUGUAGGGAGCGAUUUUGGGAGGGCUGCAGGUAGAAGCUCCGGUUCUGCUGUUGGUUUGCAUGAGGUUCCUUCGGGUAGUUGUUGUGGCGUGGCUGGUGCUGAAGGGGGAGUUCAAACUGGUUUGACGCAACAUGGAAAUUUGAGUGGUGAUACGGUUAUUGAGCCGGAAGCUGCGAUGAUUAAGUGUAUAAAUGGAAACGGAAUCGCAUAUGAAAAUGGUAGUGGAAACGGAAAUUUGAAGAUGGGGUGCUUGAAGACUAGUCACUUGAAGAAAGUCGGGUUUGAGGGGUUGGAAGGACUGGAGGAGGUGGACGGUUGGAGAAAUGUUGAUCGGGUUGAGCCUUUGAAGGUUGAGAAGGAAAAUUCGAAGGGAAUGAGGAGUGGAUGUGGAAUGGGUGGUGAGUUGGAGGAGAUUCAGGAGGAGAGUGGAAAUAAGAUGAAUUGA